AUGGAACGAAUUGCCGAAAACUCAAAUGAAGAAAAUGCUUAUAAUGAAUACCCGAAUGAAGAACCAGAUAGUAAUGAAAUUGAUUAUCUUGGAGGACAGUCGAGAAACCCUCCGUUUAAAUUAACGAUAGAAAUAACAUUGUUUUUAUCGUUCUUGGCAUUAUCCAUAGCAGCGGCGCCCGCAGCCAACCUCCUAAUGUACCGCACGUGCGUGCAUGCCUUGGGUCAUUCCGUGGAGGAGUGCGAGUCAUUUCUCGCGCCUGGGAAGACUAACCACACACAGGAGUUAGAGAAUGCAGUCCAGCAGUAUGCGACGUUUGUUGGAACCGCCAAGUCAGUGCUGGAGUCGGCUGUGCCAGCGCUGUUGUCCGUGUUUAUCGGGGUCUGGUCGGAUAAGCACGGUCGAAAACCAUUGCUGACAAUCCCUCUUCUUGGUCUAUUCAUGAGCAGCGUGAUGGUGGUAAUGUACAGCAUAAUGCCGUCCCUGGGGCCGUGGUGGUACGUGGUCACGGUGAUUCCGUUCUCGCUGAGCGGCGGUUACGUGGUCAUGAUAACUGGCUCCAUGUGUUACGUAAACGACAUCAGUACCACUGAGCAGAAAAGUGUCAGAUUGCUAUAUAUCCAGUUGGCUGUCACAAUAUCCUCAGCCGCGGGCUCUGCAAUUUGCCCGUUUUUGUCGGGAGCUCUCGGUAACGUGACGUAUGUACUGUUAGUGACAACUGCUCUCUUCGCCGUCACAUAUGUGCACAUUGCUUUGUGUUUAAAAGAGUCUUUGAAGACGGCAACUCAGGGCACGAUUCUGACGGUACUCAAUAUCGAACACGUGAAAGAAAUGAUAUAUGUUUGCUUUAGAAGGAAGCCUAAUUAUGGGAGGGCAAUCAGUCUCCUCGUCAUUAUGGCAUCAGCACUGUCCGUGUUUACCACUUAUGGGAUAUCGGGCUUAAUGUACCUGUAUACUAGGAACAAAAUCCAUUGGACGAUGAAAGACUACACCAUAUUUAUGGCCAUUGGCCCUAUAAUAUGGCUGAUGGGAUCUGUCGGCGCCAUCGCAGUGUUGCAGCCAGUGUUUCGUAUAAGCGACACAGUUUUCUCUUUGAUCUCAUUCAUGAGUGUUAUGGUGGAAUAUGCUAUUAAAGCGUUUGCAACGAAAACCUGGCAAAUGUACUUUGGUUCGGCCAUAUCCCUUUUCGGCACAGUAUCGGGUGCCUUGUUGAGGGCGAUACAAACUAAAGCAUUGCCCGCCGCCGACGUUGCCAAGGUGUUUGCGCUACAGAGUUCCGCGGAGGCGAUAUGUCCGCUCCUAGCGCCAGUUUUAUACAACAUGCUAUACGCUUACACUAUAGACAGCUUCCCUGGGGCUUUCCUUCUUCUCUCCACUGCAAUAAACGUCGUUUGUUUCAUAUUGUUGUCGAUCGUCUUACACCUCAUGAAGAAGAGUUCAAAUACUACCUAUCAGACUAUUGAGCCUUAACUAAAAACAAUUUGUAAUAAUAAUGACUGCAUUAUUUAUUAAGUAUAUAUGUAUUUUAAAUUAAAUAUUAGCUUGAUAAUGGACUUAAUACUUGCACAAGUUCUGUAAACCUAAGACUGCACAGUGACUUAGUUUUUUUUUUAUAGUUGUCAACCUAUUGGCUUAUUCUUUUAUUAUGUCUAAUGCUAGCCAUACACACUACGAGAAAUCGUUACGAUCAGACUGUACAGUUCGAACGGAACAGUUUAUCGGACGUGGCGUACGUAUAGGAAACUGUGCAGUUUUAUGACAUACACGCUACGAUUUAUCGGUACCGUUCGGACGGUACAGUCUAAUCGUAACGAUUACUCGUAAUGUGUUUGGCCGGUAUAAGAAAGUGACAAUGGUGUCGAUUCUGGCAUGAUUCUCUAAACCUAAACUUAAAUUUGACAGCAGUGGUAUCGAUUCUGGCGUGAUUCUCUAAACAUAAAACUAAAUUUAACAAGAGUGUAUCCUUGUCAUUCUCUAUACAGAAUGAAAAGAAUACAUUGUUGUCAAAUUGAAGUUUAGAUUUAGAGAAUCGUGCCGGAAUCGACACCAGUGUUAUCCUUGUCAUUCUCUAUACAGAAUGAAAAGGAGAGACUGAUUUUGAAUAACAUAAUAAUAAUAAUAGUUCAUUUCUCUCAUAAAAUUCGUCACACAAUAAUAAACAUGAGUUGAUAGACAAGGCACCCGUAAUACAGAAGCUAACUUUUGCACUGCCGGAGUCCUAUCCACCUCACAAAGGAUGUUAUAAAUCAGUUUUAAGUUUAGAGAAUCACACCUGAAUCGACUCCAGUAUCAGAUAUAAGGAAAAACCGAAGAAGUGCGAAUCGGACCGUAAAAAAUUUGUCGGUACAAUAGGUAGUAUUAUUUACAUAGUAAAAGUUGAAAGAUUUGCUCACCCAUAGAAUUUUGAUCACGUAUACCGCUUCGUAACGUAUGAUUUUAGCAAAUGUAUACCUAGUUAUAUUUUUAUUUUUAAGCAUUUAUCUGCUACAUGUUAAAUCUAAAGAUUUUUUUUCUAGAAAAAAUUUCUUUUCAGUAUUUUACCAGUACUUGCAGUAUAAAGACGAUAUUACUUGCCAAAUUUCAUAGUUCUAGGUCAACGGAAAGUACUCUAUCAAUUUUGAUUUCCUUAUGAGUGUCAAAAUAUACAUUUUAUGCAUCAUGAUGACCUCCGUGGCCGAGUGGUUUGUACGCCGGGUUUCAUGGUGUCGCCGACUCUUGAGGUUCCCGGGUUCGAAUCCCGGUGGGGCAGAUAAUUGUGUGAUGAAUACGAGCAUUUGUACUCCAGUCAUGGAUGUUUAAUAUGUAUUUCUAAAUAAAUAUACUUGUAUAUGUACAGUAUAUGUAUUCUAUCCGUUCCCUAGUAUCCCAUACACAAGCCUUACAGUGCUUACUUUGGGGCCAGGCUAUUUAGUGUGAGUGCUGGAAAUUUUUAUUAUUACUAUUAUUUAUAAACGGCUGUAUCUUUUACGUUAACCUAGAAGAUUGUAUUGACAGACAGAAGAAUAAACCUUUUUCUUUUGAGGUACGGAACCAUAAAAAUUACAGUAGUAUAUGUUUAUCAUGCUCUAAUGUUAAAGAAAAGGAGAGCUUAGCUUAGAGAAUAAUACCAGUGUAAGGUCCAUCGUAAUGUAAUUAUUAUUUAAAUGAUUUAUUAAAUGAGGAGCUGGCGAACAAAACGGUAAUAAUUACACUUCUGGUCAAAACACUUUUUUUUACAGUCCGGAGGUUCUGGGCCCGCUGAAUUUGAAUUUUCUAUUGAAUAUUCAUUUUCAAACAAAGCCACCUAAAACAGUAUUAUUAUUACUACAUUUAAAACCACGCCAAAAGCUCAGUGUAGGUAUGUCAUUCAGUUUUUUACUGCUCCUGUAAAAUUUAAUCUUUUGUAAUUAUGCAUUUUUGUUUGCUCCUCAAAUAAGAUAGGUGUGUGAUGUACACAUCUAUAUAUCUAAUUUAUUAUUGACAAGUGUGUUUCAUGCUCUUUAUUUAUUUAUUUAUUUUAUUCUUCAUGCACAUUGUACAAUGGCGGACUUAAUGCCGUAGGCAUUCUCUACCAGUCAACCAUAGGGUGUUGUGGAGAUUUUAGUGGCAGGGUGCACAACUGAGGUGGAGAUCACAUUUAAAGAUUUUUUUUAUAUAUUUAUAUAUAAUUUUUUUUUGGAAAAUAUAUUUUUAAGAAGUUAUAUAAUUUUUGUAUUUUUUUACAAAGCUGAAAAUAAUUUUUCAAUAAUUAUUUGUGUAACUGUCGCACUUCAAGACGUUAAUUAAUUAAGUUUAAUUUGUUCCUUUGCAAAAACAAUUAUUAAGGUAUUAAGUAGGUACAAUAACUUUCGGAAGCAUUUAAUUUAUUAAUAUUAAUGUGAUGGCUGUUGUUGCUGAUGAUUUUUAUAAAAAACAAUUUAUUUGCUGCAGCCAUUAAAUGCAUCACUUAUUUUCCUUUUUCUUCGAUAAGCAAAAAACAGGGACCUUAUACACCACAAACGCUUAAAACAACGAAAAUCCGCCUUAUUUAGUAGAAUAUAAAGUAGUUUUUUAAUCAUACAUAAUUGGGAGUAAGGUUGAAUUGUUAUCAUCCUCCAGGAAGAAAGAGUAAAUCUUUUUCUUCCUGGAGGUAGCAUUGAUGUAGUACACAAAAUUAUAAACGUACACAUUGUGACGUAUAUUUUGUAAUCUAUGUUGUUGAUUAUAAAAAAAGUAGAGUUCUAAAAUCAAGUACCUAUGAUUAAUUAUAAAGUAAAAGUGCAAUAGAAUCACUGUACCUAAUUUAAACUUAAUUGUUAUACGUGAAUAAAACUAAAGAUGAAA